CCGGCGCCCGGGGUGGCCCGCGCCGCGCCCCGCAGAGCGGUCCCCAGUCGCCGCUAUCUCGCGUCCCCCGCGCCCAGGCUCGCGGGCUCCGGGGGAGAAGCCAGGGGUAGCCCCCCGCCGGCACCGAGCCUAAAAUGGCCACACUGCUCCGCAAAAUCGGGCUCAUCCGCCUGCACAACCGGGACACCGAGGACCCCAAGCACCACCACAACCACCGCGGCGGCGGCGGACAGCAGAGCGCGUCGCUGCGCGGCAAGGGCGGCGCCAAGAGCGGCGGCCACAAGCAGCAGCAGCAGCAGCAGCAGCACCCCGGGGGCGCGGGCGACGCGAGCCCGGGGCCCGGCAAGAGCAAGGGGAAGCGCGCGGCGGAGCUGGCCUCGCGCGACAAGCCGCCGCAGCCGGCAGGGGCGGCGGGGGCGGCGGGCGCCGGGGGCCCCCGGGAGCGGGCUGCGGGCGCCAGGGCGGGGCCGGGGCCCGCGGUGGCAGCGGCGGCGGCGGCGGGCGGCAGCCUGGUGCCCGCGGCGCGCCAGCAGCACUGCACGCAGGUGCGCAGCCGGCGGCUCAUGAAGGAGCUGCAGGACAUCGCGCGCCUCAGCGACCGCUUCAUCUCCGUGGAGCUGGUGGACGAGAGCCUGUUCGACUGGAACGUGAAGCUGCACCAGGUGGACAAGGACUCGGUGCUGUGGCAGGACAUGAAGGAGACCAACACCGAGUUCAUCCUGCUGAACCUCACCUUCCCCGACAACUUCCCCUUCUCGCCUCCCUUCAUGCGGGUGCUCAGCCCGCGCCUGGAGAACGGCUACGUGCUGGACGGAGGCGCCAUCUGCAUGGAGCUGCUCACGCCGCGCGGCUGGUCCAGCGCCUACACCGUGGAGGCCGUCAUGCGCCAGUUCGCCGCCAGCCUGGUCAAGGGCCAGGGAAGGAUCUGUAGAAAAGCUGGCAAAUCAAAAAAGUCCUUCAGUCGCAAGGAAGCUGAAGCUACCUUUAAGAGUUUGGUGAAGACACAUGAAAAAUAUGGCUGGGUCACCCCACCCGUCUCUGAUGGCUGAUGUCUGCCACGUGCAUUAGAUGCUCGAGCCGCCUGUCCACACACACACCGACGCCCUGCCAUCUCCCUCAAUACAUCCUCCAUCCUUUUGUACUCCAGCCAGAACUGCAUCCUGAAAGCCAAGGAGACGUUUAAGUUAUUUAUGAACAGACGUGUUUACAGAGAGAAAGAGGGAGCAAACGCUGAGUGAUCACCUCCGAGUCACUCUAGAACAAAUGUUGAGAUGGUGACAUUUCCCAGCCCGCCUGCCCUCUGCCCGCCCUGGUCACAUUGCCCUUAGCUUCCUUCCAUGCCAGCAGCUCUGGUGAGCUGGCAGGAGACCCCGUGCCCUGCUCACUCCUGCUCCAUGUAAAUGCGCCUUUUUUUUCGUGUUUACUAGGAGACUGCAUUGCCCGUGGCCACCACCUUGUGUUUGCUAUGCUCUCUCUCUCUCUGUUUCUCUUCCUGGCAGGUCCGCAUAACUUGAAGACGUGUCUUUCUGUGGCCCAUGGUCUGCUGUGAUGACAUUUAGACCUCAUUUGUGCUAUGACCUUUGGCUCAUGAAAACACAAAUUUAACAUUGCCAGAUUCUGUGAUAUAAAACUACACCUGCCUGCGCGGUUAACCUGUGCUCUCGAUGCUGAUUUGGUGAUGUGCUGCUGUCCUCAGAUAAGACAGUGCUGUGAGAUGAAGGGCAGAGGAUGCUGCAGCACCGGGGCAAGGCAGUGGCAUGGACACUGGGUGCAGCCCUGGGGCUCAGAGCCAUGGACAGUCCUCUCUGAGCUGGGGACAUGCUCCUACAACAGUGCAUUUGUGUUCCUGUCUCCUCUCAGCCACCAAAAGCAAAAGACAAUUUCCCAUACACUGCAGUCAUCUGACUCAUUUUAUCAUAUGUGCUAGUGACAGGGAAUGCCAGAACUGCCAAAGGAUACCAAGUGAUCGUACGACGAUUUGCAUGACCGGGUCUGUUUCCUCACCCAAUAGUCACUUGUGUGUCCCCGAGGUUGGGAUGUGUGAGCGCCCUUGCUGUGAUGUAAACUUCCUGUUAUUUAAUCUCCUCACAGUUUCAUUUGCUCUUCUGUUAAGUUACUUAGAACUUUCUAAGAAACGCCAUGAAAUGAGGAAGUACUGUUUAUAAUAAUAUAUGAAAAGAGGUGAAAUGUUCAUUCCAAGUGGAAAAUCUUAUUGGACACAUUUUAAAUAAAAUCAUGCAUACCUGA